AUGGGAAUUGAAUUGAUCUUACAAACAAAUCUUCACUUUCUCAGAAGAUUUAAAAAAAAUAUGUCUGAGAAGAAACGGAAGCAACGAUUAGCCGGAGAUAAGAUUGACGACGAUCCAUUGAAACCAUCACCAGAUGAAAUCAGUAUUGCCAACUAUUUGCACAAAAAGUUACCGUCAAAAGAGGCCCGUCUGUCUGGCAUGAUUGUACGUGUAUUCGUUGCCAUGGAGGCGAUAGAACUCCUAAUGGAAUCACCAUGGGCUAAGCUAAAUAAUGAUACGAAACCGUAUCUAUUCACCAGUCAAACAGCUGCAGUCAAUUUUAUGACCAAUAUGUUUCAAAAGCAAAUGUUUCAACGUGCUGUUCGUAUUAAGAAAAAGUCAUCGAAACAUCGUGAAGAGACAAAGUCGUCAAAGUCAAAGACGGUGAAAAAACUUGUUGACGGGAAACCUGUUACCACUGCUGCUGCUGCUGCGGCUACCGCCAGUAAAGCAACUACUGAAUCCUCUCCAGAUGGAAAUGCAGUUGUUGUAGAAGAAUCCUGUGAUUCACAACCUUCAAAACCUAGUCUCUUCUCCUCAAUCACUUCAAGUAUCAAUGAAAUCACCUCCUCAAAGUCAUCGUCUGGUAGUGGCGGGAAGAAACCAAUGCGUCUUGAAGUUGUCGAUGAACAGAUCUUCACACUGGACGAUCCACAAUCCUUUUAUAUUUGGAUCUAUGAACCACCUCCGGUCUGUUCAAUUGAAUUACGUCAAGGUGCAUACUAUUUGACAAUAACUGUCUCAGGAUUUCUAGGCGUUUUAUUCUUUAUCGGUUUUAUUCGAUUCUGUUUCUAUCUACUAGUUUGGUUGUUCACUUUAGGUCAAUACAAUUUUUGGUUAUUUCCAAAUUAUUUUGAAGAUUGUGGAUUUUUUGAUUCAUUUCGUCCAUUGUAUUCAUUGAAACAUGUGUCAGAGACGUCAACACCGGUGGUGAAUAAGAAGAGUAAAUCGAAAGGAAAGUCUUCUUCCAAUAGCAAUAGCAAUACUAAUACCUCGUCUGCUACAACUCCUUCUAAUGCCUGUAACAGUAGUAGUAGUGCAAAGAGCAUACAAUCAUCUUGUUGUACAGAAGAAACUCUGCUGAAAUCAUCUGAAGUCCUUGAAGAAGAGCAAGAAGAGGUAGACGAAGCAGAAGAAGGUGAGGCGGAGAAAUUGAAGGCGAAGAAAGAUGCUUGA